AUGACCUGUCCUGAAGGCCAAGUGUACCAGCAGUGUGGGACACCGUGCAACCAGACCUGCAGAUCUCUGUCCUACCCAGAUGAGGACUGUGAUGAACUCUGUGUGGAAGGAUGCUACUGUCCUCCUGGGCACUACCUAGAUGAGCGUGAGCAGUGUGUGCCAAAGUCCCACUGCCCUUGUUACUAUGACGGUGAGAUCUUCCAGCCAGAGGAUGUCUUUUCAGAUCAUUACAUGAUGUGCUAUUGUGAAAACGGUUUCAUGCACUGCAGCACAAACAGAGCUCCUGGUGCCUUCCUGCCAGAUGUUUUCACGGAUGGGAGGCCAUCUGCCAGAAUAAGAAGGAGCUUAACAUGCAGAUCCCCCAUGGAAAGAUUUGUCUGCCCUGCAAACAACCCAAGAGCUGAAGGGUUGGAGUGUGCGAAGACUUGCCAGAAUUAUGACUUGGAAUGCAUCAGCCAUGGCUGCAUAUCUGGAUGCCUCUGUCCGAAAGGGAUGGUGCGACAUGAAAACAAGUGUGUUGCUCCUGAGAGAUGCCCAUGUUUUCACAAUGGAAGAGAAUAUGCCAAGGGAGAAACAGUGACUAAUGACUGCAACACCUGUGUGUGCCGUGGUCGAAAAUGGGAAUGCACAAAAAAUCUGUGUGAUGGCACGUGCACUGUUAUUGGUACAGCUCAUUAUUUGACAUUUGAUGGACUGAAAUAUAAGUUUCCAGGAAACUGUCAAUAUGUAUUAGUUCAGGAUUUCUGCAAGGAUGACUCUGGGACAUUCCGGAUACUAAUUUCAAAUGAAGGCUGUGGCUUCACUGGAGAAAAGUGCACCAAAAGGGUUAUAAUUCUGUAUGAAAGUGGGGAAAUAGAGUUGUUUAAUGGAAAUGUAAACAUCAAGGUACCUCCUAAAGAUGACAAUGAUUUAGAAGUCAUGAGGUCUGGCCGUUAUUACAUCAUCUUACUGGGCAAAAGCAUCAGUGUGACCUGGGACUUGGCCAUAGGAGUCUCAGUUAUCCUAAAAGGCAAUUUCAAAGAUCAAGUGUGUGGUCUGUGUGGAAAUUUUGAUGGAAUCCAAAACAAUGAUUUGACCAGCAGCAAUGAACAUCUUGAAGUAGAUCCAGUUGACUUUGGGAAUUCUUGGAAAGUUAAUCCAUACUGUGCUGAUGUUGAAAAGCCCAACCUGGAACAGACCUUGAUGUCUCCACUGUGUAAUGGAAACAUAGUGAAGCAGGUGAUGGUAGAAACAUCAUGCAGCAUUUUGUCUGGGGAUCUCUUUGAAGAAUGCCAAAAACACGUGAAUCCUGAGCCCUACAUAGAUAUUUGCAUGUAUGACACUUGUGCUUGCGAAUCUAUUGGGGACUGUGCUUGCUUCUGUGAUGCUAUAGCGGCCUAUGCACAUGUCUGUGCACAAAAAGGUGUUGCUGUUCACUGGAGAUCACCAGCUCUGUGCCCACAAAGCUGUGAGGACCUGAAUAAACAAGAAUUAGAUUAUCAAUGUGAAUGGCGAUAUAACAGCUGUGGACCUGCUUGUCCUAUAACAUGCCAGCACCCACAGCCUUUGGAGUGCCCUCUGCAGUGUGUGGAAGGAUGCCAUGUACACUGUCCUGCAGGGAAAAUACUUGAUGAACUGUCCCUGGAUUGUGUCAGUCCAGAAGACUGUCCUGUGUGUGCAGUUGGAGAUGUCAAGAUCCCACAUGGAAGGAGAAUUAUUUUGAACAGAGAUAAUCCACAGCGUUGUCAAUCUUGUCUGUGUGAAGGCAAGAACUUAUCCUGUGUAGCCUGUGAACCAGUGGAGGACACCCUGACACCAACAACACCUGCUCCAGAGGAGGACAUUGAGCUGCCACCCAGUGAAUAUUCAUGCAGCAAGAUGAUGGAUUUGGCCUUCCUAUUGGAUGGCUCCAAUAAACUGUCAGAGGAGGACUUUGGCCAGCUGAAGACUUUCAUAACUGGCAUGAUGAAGAAACUCCACAUUUCCCAAAAGAAAAUCCGAGUGUCAAUUCUGGUGUAUAGGGCUGGCCCCACAAUCUACCUUGGCCUUAAAGAUAUCAAAACACAGUCCCAGAUGAGAAAAAUUGUCCAAAGCAUAAAAUACACAGGUGAUGAAGUAGCGUCUGCUGCCGAAGUCCUUAAAUACACUGUGUUUCAUGUGUUUGGAAAAGCAGAAAGGACCAAUGCUGCCAGAAUUGCAGUGUUAUUUAUAGCAAGCAAGUCUCCAGGAAAACUCCGCAGCAUCCUCACGGCUUUGAAGAAUAAAAAAAUUGCAGUGAUACCUGUGGGGAUUGGACCUAAUGUUAAUGUGGAGCAAAUCAGGUUCAUUGAAAAGCAGUCACCAGAUAAUAAAGCCUUCCUAAUGAACAAUGUGUUAGAGCUAAUGGAUAACAGGGAUCUCCUCAUUGAUCGUCUAUGUCAUCUUGGACCUGAAGAAAGUUCUCUGUUACAAUCUACAUCCACUCCAACAAUAUCCGGUGUCUUAUCUCCCCCUUGGGGACUCACAGCACCACCACCCAUUUCAGAAAAGCCCACUCACAAAAGUCUGGACAUUGCUUUUAUUGUGGAAGGAUCUGACAAUGUAGGAGAGGAAAAUUUCAACAUUGUCAAGAAGUUCCUUGAGAGGGUGAUCACAGGAAUGGAUGUGGGACAGGAAGAUAUUCAUGUUACAGUCAUGCAGUAUUCAGAGACUGUCACACUGGAGUAUUCCUUUAGGGAAAUACAGUCAAAGGAAAGUAUUAUUGAGAAGGUGAGGAACAUACCCUACCAAGGAGGGAAGGCUACCAACACUGGGAAUGCCCUCAAUUAUAUUUCCAAACACACAUUUACACCAGUGAAUGGGGGCAGGCAAGAUGUUCCUCACUUGGUAUAUAUGGUGUCAUCAAGUCCUUCCACUGAUGUCAUCACACGACCUCCGAGGAGCAUAAAUGUUAUUCCCAUAGGCAUAACUCCUAAUGCAAAUAUCCAAGAACUCAGAGAGAUCAGUCAGCCUAAUAAUCCAAUUAUCUUGCACAGUUAUAGCAGACUUAUUGAAGAAGCACCUGAAUUAGUGCUGCAGUCAUGCUGCUCUCAUAAACUUUGGACAGAAAUUCCAGAGUUGUGCAACAAACCAAUGGAUGUCAUGUUUCUUCUGGAUGGAAGUUCCAAUACUGGAGCAUCAGAGUUUGAGGAAAUGAAAAACUUUGUACGGGCAUUUAUUGAAAGUGUUGAGAUCAGCAAUACUUCAAUUCAUGUGUCGGUUUUCCAGUAUGCCAGGGAAAAUAAUCUAGAAAUUUCAUGGAACAUGCCUCAAGAGGCUGAAAAGCUUGUAGAGAUGGUGCACUCAAUUCAACAGAGAGAGCAAGGUCCUGCUAGACUAGGAAAAGCCAUUGAUUUUGUAGUUCAGAACUCAAUGUCAGAAUCCCACGGAGGGAGGCCCAGCGCAUCCAAGGUCGCAAUAGUCAUCGUGUCAAGGAGAUCAGAAGAUGCUGUGGAGGCUGCUGCAAUUUCUGCAAGAAUGAACAGGGUAUCCCUGUUUCCAAUUGGAGUUGGGAACAGAUAUGAUGAAGAGCAACUGAGGACUUUGACUGGGCCAUCAGCUGCUAACAGAAUCAUGAAGCUUCAGAAUUUUGAAGACUUAUCCACUAUGAUCACAUUGAAUAGUGAAUUUAUCAAAAAAGUGUGCAUGGACCCUGUUAGAGGAUGUAUAGAUGAGGAAGGAAACAAAAAGAAUCCUGGUGACAAAUGGAUGUUGCCAGAUCAGUGCCACACUGUGACAUGCUUUCCAGGAGAUUACACAGUUCUGGAGAGUCACCAAAUUAACUGUGAGAGGAUGCCAAAACCGGUAUGUCACAGCAAUCUUCCUGCUGUUAAGAUUGAAGAAACUUGUGGCUGCCGAUGGAUGUGUCCAUGUAUCUGUAUAGGAAGUUCAUCUCGACAUAUUGUCACUUUUGAUGGGCUGAAUUUUAAGCUGACCGGCAAUUGCUCCUACACUUUGUUUCGAGACACGGAACACGAUGUUGAAGUUCUCCUCCAUGAAGGACCAUGCAGAGCAACACCAAAGAUGAACUGUAUGGACUCCAUUGAAGUGAAACAUCGUGGUGUAUCUGUUCAGCUCUUCAGUGACAUGGCAGUGGCUGUUAAUGAUGAAAGGGUUCAUAUUCCCUAUGCCAGCAGUUUGUUUGAAGUCAAUGUCUAUGGAGCAAUAAUGCAUGAAAUCAAGUUCUCCCAUCUUGGACAUAAUCUCACAUUUACUCCAAGAAACAAUGAAUUUAUUCUUAAACUUAAUUCAAAAAGCUUUUCUUCAGGGACACAAGGGCUUUGUGGGGUUUGCGACCAGAACCAUGUUAAUGACUUCACGUUACAUGAUGGCUCUGUCACUCCUGACAGCAGUGUGUUUAUCCAAGACUGGACAGUGAAAGAGCCGGGGAAGAUCUGUGAAACCCGGAGGGAAGAAAGAUGUUCUGAGCAUGCCGUGAGCCUCUGCCGCCUCCUGCUCUCUGAUCAGUUUGCGGAGUGCCACAGGGUAAUCUCCCCCAACAUGUUCUACGAGGCCUGUGCAGAGAGCAGCUGCUAUGAGGACGAAGCCUGUGAGAUGAUAACUUCCUACGCUCACAUCUGCAGGGAAAACGAGGUCUGCGUAGACUGGAGAACACCUGAGUUUUGUCCAAUGAAAUGUCCCACGUAUUUGACAUACGAUCAUUGCCACAAAGCCUGCAUAAAGCACUGUGAAAAUAGUACCAAACUCAGUGUCUGCAAGGAUUAUCCCACAGAAGGCUGCUUCUGUCCAGAAGGACAGGUGAUUUUUAAUGACAGCUGUGUUGAUGAAGAAGUCUGCACACAAUGCGUCAGUGAAGAUGGCAUGCACCAUCAGCACAUGGAAACAUGGAUUCCCACCAAUGAGCCUUGCAAGAUCUGCAUGUGUCUUGAUAGCAAGAAAGUAAACUGCACAGUCCGACCUUGCCCUACUGCCAAACCUGUUCAGUGUGGUCCCUGUGAAGUCCCUCGUCUGCGCAGAGACAGCAGCCAGUGCUGCCCAGAGUAUGAGUGUGUUUGUGAUCUGGUUUCCUGUGAUUUGCCUCCUGCCCCUGUCUGUGAGUUUGGCCUGCAGCUUGCUCUGACCAACCCUGGAGAAUGCAGACCAAAUUACACAUGUGCAUGUAACAGAGAAGCAUGCAGAUUAGUUCAAAGACCUUCCUGCCCACCGCAUCGAGAGCUGACUGUUAAGACGACUGAGUGCUGCGAUAAAUACGAGUGUACCUGCAGCUGUACAAACUCAACAGUGAGCUGCCCUCUGGGAUAUCUCUCCAGAUCUCUCACCAAUGACUGUGGCUGCGUAUCAACCACCUGUGUUCCAGGCAGGGUGUGUGUGCACAACAACAUAGUCUACCCUGUUGGGACAGCCUGGGAAGAUGGUUGCAGGGAAUGCUCUUGCACUAGUAUGAGGGAUGAUGUUACAGGACUUCAGAUGAUGGAGUGUCACGACAAAGCAUGUAACACGUUCUGCUCUCGGGGUUACAAGUAUAUUGUCCAAGAAGGGGAGUGUUGUGGGAGAUGCCAGAAGACUGCCUGUGAGGAACAGCUGUUCUGGUCUCGAGGUGAUGCAGAUCCUCGUUUGCAUGAGGUUGGCACAGAGUGGCGAUCGCCCUUCAACCAUUGCAUUAUCAAUGAGUGUGUCCAGGUGAACAAUGAGGUUUUUGUGCAGCAAAAGAAUCUUUCUUGCUCUCCAAUGGAUGUUCCUGACUGUCCAGAAGGAACUGAACUACGCUGUGACCAAAUAAUAGACUGCUGUCCUUCCUGCAGAUGUGUACCCCUGAAUGGUUGUCCUUUGAAUGGCACUGUUAUUGGGCCUUGGAGGCGCCUGAUGGUGGAUCAAUGCACAACAUGUCUCUGCUCCUUCCAGUCAACAUCUUCUCGGAGAUAUACCCUGACGUGUACAAAAUUAAGCUGUGAACCAUGCCCAAUAAAUUACAGAAGGCAGGAAAUCCCUGGCUCUUGUUGUGGAAAAUGUGUGCCAACGUCUUGUGGCAUCAGGUUAAGAGAUGGAAGGCUUAAGGAUGUUCAGCCGAAUGAAUCACUUCAGGAUGGCUGUGAUAGUCAUGCCUGUAAAGUAAACGAGAAAGGGGAAUUUAUCUGGGAAAGGAGAAUCACUGGCUGUCCUCCGUUUGAUUCCAGACGAUGUUUGGCUGAAGGAGGCAGAAUUGCAAAGAUUGGCACUACCUGCUGUGACACAUGUAAGUAAAUAAGCCAAAACUGUCGACCAGUAAGUACCAGACUGCAAUACAGGAGCAUCAAUGGAUGUGCGUCUGAAAGGGAAGUGCCUAUUUCUCAUUGUGAGGGCAAGUGCAGAAGCAAUACCAGAUACUCUGUUGAGACAGGGAAAUGGGAAGACUUUUGCAGCUGCUGUACAGCCACUCAAACAACCAUAGUCACAAUCCCCCUCCAGUGUCCCAACGGCACAGUGGUGCAGCAUUACAUCCCUUCUGCCUCUCAGUGUGAAUGCUAUUCUCGGAAGUGUACAGACUGAAUAUUUCCAAGAAGCCUAGUUGUGUAAUCUCAAGUUUUAUGAGGAAGGAUUUUUACAAUGAAAACCUCAUUUUCUUUCUGUAGACUGCUUUAUCC